UUCGACCACGGUUGCAUUGCUGUAAAUGGACACUGAGGACGUCGGAUUGAACAUACAUCGGGGUUUUCUGGUUCACUGCACGGAUAGCGCUGCUGCAAUCAGUCUGGUAUUUUAUAGGCUUCCAUUACUGGGCCUUAGAUAAUUACAACUAUCUGGACUCUCGAAGAGGACGUUGUUCCAACAGACUCUCGGGUUGAGUUAGACGAUAACAGACAACAUGAUUCUUGGUGAAUAGGGUGUUGAACGUUUUAUUUACUUUAAUAGAUCAGGUAAAAUCUUAUCCAGGAUCUUUCUAAACUAAGAUUAUUUAUCACCACUUAAGUUUUGAUAUUGAUAAUGACAUCUGAUCGCUCUGAUCUAGCUGUUUUUUAAAUCUGAAUUCUGCAACAAAGAAAGUAACUGUAAAUGUAGGCUAGCUACAGAUUUACUGUCACUUUUUUAUUUGAAGAAACGCUGAAGAAAGAAUAGCUUCCACGAUGGAUCGGCUGGACAGAAAACAAAUGGUGGCAAUAAACCCUGGGAAAUGUUGUCCUUCAGCAAAGUAGCCUACUAGCCUAAAGCGCACGCAUUGAUACAAGGCAAUGCGCAACGAGCAGGACAGAGCGAGUCCUUCCCCCUACACCCUGCCGGAGUCCCCUGGUCACAACUCUCCUGGGAGUGCCUUACUGCUGGAUCUGAAGAGGGUUUCUGUGCGGCUGGUCGACUGCAGGAAAACACCAGGGCAGAGUGGAACUGUGAGAGAAGGACACAAGGAGGGAGAUGGAGAUCUGAUAUCAUCAAGGGACACCCCUAACUCUCGUUCUCUCAGUGGGAGGGGCUUAUCAUCUGGGGAGCCUCAGCCACAUGAUGUUGCUGAAGAGACAGAGAAGACUCUCUCCAAAUCAGAACAUCUCAAGAAACCCCAGCAGAGACGUACAGGGAAGAAACCUCACCACUGCUGCUCUGAGUGUGGGAAGAAUUUCACAAGCCGAAGUGGCUUCAUUAUUCACCAGCGGAUUCACACAGGAAAGAAACCGCACUGCUGCUCUCAGUGUGGGAAGAGUUUCACUGCAUCUCAAACCUUAAAAUAUCAUCUGAGAAUUCAUUCAGGGGAGAGGCCUUACCCCUGCCUUGAUUGUGGGAAAAGCUUUGCUUUUUUGGGCGCCCUAAACAUACACAAGCUAACACACACUGGAGUGAAGCCUUAUAGCUGUGAUCAAUGUGGGAAGAGCUUCAGUCAGUCUGGCCACCUGACAACACACCAACUAACACACACUGGAGUGAAGCCUUUUAGCUGUGAUCAGUGUGGGAAGAACUUUGCUCUAACUUCCUCCCUGACUAGACACCAGCGUACACACACUGGAGAGAAACCUUAUGUCUGUCUAUGUGGGAAGAGCUUUGCUGUAGCUUCCAAUCUGACUACACACCAGCGAACACACACCAGAGAUAAGCCUUAUAGUUGUUAUCAGUGUGGAAAGAGCUUUGCUUCUUCAGAAACACUAACUAUACACCAGCGCAUACACACAGCAAAGAAACCUUUUUGCUGUGGUCAGUGUGGGAAGAGCUUUGCUGUAGCUUUCUCCCUGAUUAUACACCAGCGAACACACACUGGCGAGAAGCCUUACAGCUGUGAUCAUUGUGGCAAGAGAUUCAGUCAAUCCGUACACCUGAAUACACACCAGCGAACACACACUGGAGAGAAACCUUAUACCUGUGAUCAGUGUGGGAAGAGCUUCAGUCAAUCAGGGAACCUAAAUUCACACCAGCAAACACACACUGGAGAGAAACCUUAGAUGUGUGGAAAGCGUUGUUCAUUUAGGGCCUAUGUGGAAAAACACCAGAAAACUAAAAAUGUACGAUCUUUGUCCCCAUGUGCAGUCGCAAACCGUAGUCUGGCUUUUUAUGGCGGUUUUGGAGCAGUGGCUUCUUCCUUGCUGAGCGGUCUUUCAGGUUCAGAAGCUUCUAAAGCCAUGUCAAUUUUCUGGAAUUUUCCAACCUGUUUAAAGGCACAGUGUAUAUAAACUUCUGACCCACUGGAAUUGUGAUAGUGAAUUAUUAGUGAAUAAGCUGUAAACAAAUGUUGGGAAAAUUACGUGUCAUACACAAAGUAAAUGUCCUAACUGACUUGCCAAACUAUAGUUUGUUAACAAGAAAUCCGUGGAGUGGUUGAAAAACAAGUUUUAAUGGCUCCAACCUAAGUGUAUGUAAACUUCCGACUUCAACUGUAGAUGCAGUAAAGAAGUCAAUCGAACUCGAGCAAAACAAUGGAAUUGCCAUGGAAAGAAAAGGCCAUGGGGGAAUAAUCCUGAAUCUCUUCAUUGCCCCCCAGCAAAAUUAUCCUACGUUUAGACUAUUGUUUAUAUGUGUAUGUCACAAUAUAUUGAGGUACAAAUCAGAGUUUAAUGCUUGUAUGUCAACCCCAAACAGAAAAUGUUAAUUUCAUAUUCCCCAAUCAACUGCAUUACAGUUAAAAAUGAUUGACUACCACCACCAGAUACUAGCUAUGCUAACCGGAGUAAGCAUUUAGAAGUCACUUCAACUUUUAAACGUUAUCCUGCAAAAACAGCCAAAUGUAUCCAAAUUGGACUUAAGUAACCGCAUUGUGAGCCUGUUACAAUACAUAUAGUGCAUUCGGAAAGUAUUCAGACCCAGUGAUGACCCCAAAUUAGUCGAUUGUUUGGUUGUCAGGCUGUUGGUUUUAGUCAAGUAGGAACGUGUGUGUGAGACACACAUACAUUUUCGGAUCAAGCAUGAAUAUGCUUUUAGUCUAGGCCUCCAAUAGAUUAGUUACCUGAGAUGGGCGCAAAUAUAUAUAUGCUCCUCCCAAAUUUUGUAACAAUGUGGAGGGCUCUUUGGCUCCGCGUUGACGGUACAUCCUGUAGAAAACAAACUCACUUCUUGCACUGUUUCGCGAAGAGCAAGAAGUAUGAAUUCCCUGACUUCUACUGAGGUCGUAUCACCAUAAAUGCUGCAUGGCCAAUGCAGAUGUCGGAUUGACCAUGCAGCGCAAAGAUGCACAAUGUGCUUCUCUCUCCUGCCAAUUUGUGCACAUUCAUUGUUUCAUAACUUCAUUGUGUGAAUUGUUUGCGUUUGAUAUCACUUCCCCAUUACAUAUCACCAGUAGUGCAUUCAAACGUUAAUUCCUAAUCUACAAGGUUUGUUACUUUGGUUACAGUAAUUUAUGUUAAUGCAUUCAAUAUAAUUAUUACAGUCUUCCCGGUAUUAUUGUCGGAGUCGACACGUUGUUUGCAGACCGCACAACCUAUGCUGCACUUGUGAGAAACGAGUUUUGGUUGAUUUCAUUCCAUUUAUGAGUUUUGUCACUUUAGUCAGUCUUUUGUUUGGAGCCUCCUGUCUAUGUUGAGUAAGGACCCACAUGCAUAGAAGUAGGCCUAUAGGCUACCUGGCCUGCGGGCAAAUGUACAUAAAUGUGCCCAUUUGGAGAUCUGAUAGUAUUUCUGGUUGGCUUAACGCACCAUCACUAAUGACCCGUGGAGCUUCUCAAAGUAAAUGUUGUCUUCUUCACCUCAAAACAGCAAGCAACCAAAGUCUGUUUUUACAUCCAUUGAGAAUUGCAAUAGUUAAUCAUUGUAUUUGGAAAAUCUUUCCAGCUCUCUCACUUUAAAUAACCAGUGUGAAAAGAUAAAAUGCCAUGCUCUGAUCCAGUGGGAAUGUCAUAAUAGGCCUACCUGAUCA